AUGCACCUUCAGUGCUAUUGCUCGUUGACAACACUUGUAGCCUCACAUACACUUGAUCUUAGCCAAAAGGCCGAGAAAGGUAUUAGCCUCACAUACACAGUCAUCAUGCUGCCAAAUUUGCUAUGUCAUUUGCAUUGUCCUCGAAGUAGAGAAGGCUUCGUAGUUCGGGGCCCAAUGUGACUUCUUGUUGCCCUAAUGAUUCUCUAACUCUCCCUUCUUCCUCUACGUACUUGAUUGCAUAGAGUAGAAGUUAUCUUAGAUAUUUGA